AUGCUCGCCCGCAAGGCGUGGACGCGAGGUAGCAGGACGGGAGGGGCGGACGGGAGCAAGGAGCAAUCUCGCGCGCGUGGCGGGCUGGAGCGAGCAGCGACGGGGAGGGAGGGGGUGCGAGGGGGACUGAAGGAGCCGCUUCUACAUCCCCCUCCCGUCGACCUCGCUUUCCCCCUCCCGUCGACCCCGCUUUCCCCCUUCGCUUUCCACCUCCCGUCGACCUCGCUUUCCCCCUCCCGUCGACCUCGCAUUCCCCCUCCCGUCGACCUCGCUUUCCCCCUCCCGUCGACCUCGCUUUCCCCCUCCCGUCGCCCUCGCCUUCCCCCUCCUGUCGCCCUCGCCUUCCCGUCCUCACUCUCUUUCCCCCUGCUCACUCCUCUUUCCCUCUCUGUUUGUCCCUCAUUCUGUUUCCCCCUGCUCACACCCCUAAUCAGCCCCUACAUAGAGUUCAGUGCAAUGCAAUGGGAGAGGUUAGAGGGAGAUGGAGUGCAUUCAUGCCAUGCGCGCGUCCCACUCCCCCCGAGUCCCCACUCGUUGGCUAAGCUCGCUGCUGUAGUGCCGUGGGCCACUGUCGCCAUGCGCCUCCCCGCUCCCUCCUCUUCCCCACUCCGCUCGCGUACUCCCCUCUCCCCUCCCUGCCCUCUCUCCCCAUCCUUCCCUUUCCCCCCUCCCUGUCCUGUCCCGACUCCCCUCUCUCCUAUCCCACCUCCCUGCCCUGUCCUGUCCCCCCGCUGCCCUGUCCUAUCCCCCCUCUCCGCCCUGUCCUAUCUCCUCACUCCGCCCUGUCUUACCUCCUCACUCCGCCCUGUCCUAUCUCCUCACUCCGCCCUGUCCUAUCUCCUCACUCCCUGUCCUAUCUCCUCACUCCCUGUCCUAUCUCCUCACUCCCUGUCCUAUCUCCUCACUCCCUGUCCUAUCUCCUCACUCCCUGUCCUAUCUCCUCACUCCCUGUCCUAUCUCCUCACUCCCUGUCCUAUCUCCUCACUCCCUGUCCUAUCUCCUCACUCCUUGUCCUAUCUCCUCACUCCCUGUCCUAUCUCCUCACUCCCUGUCCUAUCUCCUCACUCCCUGUCCUAUCUCCUCUCCUCACUCCCUGUCCUAUCUCCUCACUCCCUGUCCUAUCUCCUCACUCCCUGUCCUAUCUCCUCACUCCCUGUCCUAUCUCCUCACUCCCCGUCCCAUCCCCUCACCCCUCACCACCGCAGGCGAGCAUGA